AGCUGGCGUCCAGGGAGCUGCCGGUUUGGGCUCACGUUGGGUCUUCUGGCAUUGUCUGGAAACCCGGGAUUUCCUGUUUUCAGGUCUGGAGGUGCAAAUGCAACCAUCUGAGCUUGCAACAUAUCCCCCGCACCCUUUCUCCUUUGCAGACCACACAGAAACUUCCAACCCGGGCCCGGGCAAACAUCUAUUUGCUAGAACGACACAACGCGCAUGUGUCGAUUGGAAGCAUGAACCGGCGAGGAAAGGGUGACAAGGAAACAACGCAUGCGUCAACUGGAAGCCCGGCCGGAGAGAAAGGGGUGGCAAAGGAAGCAGCGCAUGCGUCGAUUGGAAGCCCGGCCGGCGAGGAAAGGGUGGCGAAGGAAGCAAGGCUGGCCCGCCUCCUGACGUCAGAUGGAGCGACGAACGCCGUCGAAGACGCCGGUUGGCUGGCGAGUGACGCAGGCGCGUUAGGGCUUUGCUGGCGCGGAGUGGGUCUUUCGAGUCCGCCGGUUCGAGUCCCCCUUGGGGCAGAAGGUUUCUUGGCAAAAUGGAGGAGCUGAGCCAAGCCUUGGCCUGCAGCUUUAGCGUGUCCCAGGACCUCAACAGCACAGCGGCCCCUCACCCCCGCUUGGGGCAAUACAAGAGCAAGUACAGCUCCUUGGAGCAGGCCGAGAGAAGGCGCCAGCUCCUGGAACUUCAGAAAACCAAGCGAUUGGAUUAUGUGAACCACGCAAGGAGGUUAGCGGAGGAUGACUGGAAGGGGGUGGAGGAAGAGGAGGAAGACGUCGAAGGCAUGGAGGUGGAAACGAAGAAGAACGCGAAAAUGAAGAAGAAGCUACCGAAGCAUUACGCUAACCAGCUGAUGUUGUCCGAGUGGCUGAUAGACGUCCCUCUGGAUUUGGCGGAAGAGUGGAUCUUGGUGGUGUGCCCCGUGGGGAAGAGAGCCCUCGUCGUGGCCUCGAGUGGCUCCACCGCGACUUACACCAAAAGCGGUUACUGCAUCAACCGCUUCCCGUCCCUCUUACCUGGAGGAAACCGUCACAAUUCAUCAGCGGGGAAAAACUACACGAUUUUGGACUGCAUCUACAAUGAGGCCCAGCAGGUGUACUACGUCUUGGACGUGAUGUGCUGGAGAGGACACCCUGUCUACGACUGCCAGACAGAUUUCAGGUUUUACUGGCUUCGCUCCAAAAUGGAAGAGGAAGCCGAUCUGGGAGAGAAAGGCCGGAUGAAUCCAUUUAAGUUUGUGAGCCUGCAAAAUUACCCCUGCACCAACGAAAGCCUGUGUCAAGUUCUGGCCAUGGAUUUCCCCUUUGAGGUAGAUGGGCUCCUCUUUUACCACAGACAAGCCCACUACAUCCCUGGAUGCACUCCACUGAUCGGGUGGCUUCGCCCCUACAUGGUAUCGGACAUUCUGGGGAUAUCAGUACCAGCCAGCCCGCUGACGACCAAGCCAGACUACGCCGGAUAUCAGCUGCAGCAGAUCAUUGACCACAAAAGGAGUCAAAAAGAGAAGGCGAAAGAAGAUUCGUCUGAUGGCGACCCAGCCAACCACGACGGGCAGUACGAGUUAGAGCACUUAUCCACACCAAAGCCGGAAGGGUCUCUCUCCGGGUCAGGCACUUCCGCAAGUCACAUGGAAAACUAACACCAAGUUGCAUGGAUAUUCCCUCAAGUGUCUCUCAGCAUGCCCAGGUGGAAUCUCCGUCAUUGAAUUCAGAGGUUUGGAGUGAUGCAGAAGUUAAUGACCUGUUUAACACCCACAGCCCACUUUUCACAGACGCGUCUUGUUACUCGCACAAGGCCCAAACAUUGCAUUUUUAAAAGCCAAGGGUUGUGCAUGUUCAAAAAGCAUCACGCCAUGUCCGGGCUGCACCUAAGCCUAGCGUCUCCCAGUAAAUUGUACGCACAGUUCUGAAAUUUGAGGAAAUUUGAAUGUUGGGUUUCAUAGGAAAGUUGACUCUGGGUUCUGGGAUUUUUAAAGGUGGUGUCUGUGAAGAGAACUUCCGUGUGUUUUGUUGACAGAGCUUCAUCAUGUUACCAUGGAUCACACCAACAAGAAUCCCCCAAAAGCAUUACACAGGAUCUCGGAGCCUCUUUCUUUACCUUGACAAAGGAAUCUGUUUUGUAUUUCUUCCAUAUUUGAACAGACAAUUCUGUACAUUUUUUUAAAAAAAAAAAAUUCUAACGUACACAGGGCUUUUUUGCAGGAGGAACUCCUUUGAAUAUUAAGCCACACACCCCUGAUUAGCCAGUCCUCCAAAAGCUCACAGGGUUCUUAAUACAGGGCCUAAUGUAAGCUCCAGGAGGAUUGGCUGCAUCAGGCCUCAUAUUCAAAGGAGUUCCUGCUACAAAAAAACCCCUGAUCGUACAGAUUUUUGUUUGGUUGAAUAAAGAGUUAUGCAGGGAUCUUUUUGGGAAAAAAA